UUCAAAUUUGUUUCCACGACAACAUCUUUUUAUCAGAUUCACAAUGGUAAAGAGCAUCUGGUUCUUGGUAAAGAUUUGAGCAGAUACAACAAUAAAUGUGGCCGUUAGAACACAGAAUUGAUCGAUCAAAUGAAUGAUCAGUUAGGCAGAUGAGCCAAAUACCAGAGAAAAAAAUCAUGGCUGAACCAAAGGGGUUCUGCUCCACCGGUCGACGACGAAACUCGAGAGCCAACAGUCGAAACAUCAGGCCUCCGGCAUGCUCGCUUCCGCCUGAAAUAACCUCCGGCCAAGCGCCGCCUGGAAAGCGCGCCGUCCUCUGCUGUGUUAGCUACAAAAAUCAGAAGUUCGAGCUUAAGGGUACCUCCCACGACCUCAAGAACAUGAUGGAUUUAUUAGUCGGCCAGUUCGAUUUCCCCCGCAGCUCUAUCCUGGUCCUCGCAGAAAAAGAGCCGUACAAACCUCCGACAAGGGCAAACAUGGAGGCAGCCUUUCAAUGGCUGACGAGGGGAAUCCAAGCCGGGGACUCAUUGGUGUUCUACUUCUCGGGGCACGGCCUGAGACAAAGAGGAUUACACGGCGACGAGGUUGAUGGAUUCGACGAAUCCAUCUGCCCUGUCGAUUUCGAAACGAACGGAGUGAUUCUGGAUAACUACAUUAACAAAACAUUAGUCGAGCCAAUGAUCGAAGAUGUCAAACUGCACGCGAUCAUCGAUUCUUGUCACAGCGGGACUGUUCUCGACUUGCCGUACGUGCACAACAUGAACACAGGAGAAUGGGACGCGAACCAUAUAUCGUCUAACCAUUUCAAAGGCACGCGCGGAGGAAAGGUUAUCAGCAUUAGUGCCUGCGAAGAUUAUCAACUCGCUGCAGAUACAUCGGGCUUCUCACCAACGAAAGAAAUGAGCGGAGCUAUGACAUGGACGUUCGUAAAAGCUGUUCGAAACAACAGAAAUAUAACUUACCAAGGGAUACUUGACGAUAUGCAUGCCUCCCUCAAGCAAGACGAUAAAGUCGGAUGUGUAGGUGCCGGACUUCGGAGAGUUUUCCAGCGCAAGAUCUUACAGGAUCCUCUGCUUUCCUCAUCCCACGUGUUCAACACAGACACAAAGUUCGUUCUCUGAUCAUGGAGAUGAUUGGGAUACUGAUGGUUGGAACACUCUACAACCUGCAACCUAGUGGCAGAAAGAAGACUUUCUUGUGUCUACUGCAAAAGGUUUCAUCUUCUCAGAAGUUCUUUUUGUAUUUCUGUAGACAAGCUUCAAAUAAUCAUGUUGAUUACAAAUAAUGUACACCGGAUUCCUCAGAA